GACGUUAAAAUCAAUCUGGUCAAGCCGCAAGAUAGGCAAUAGGAAUAGCGGGACGUUGGAGUCAAGGUAUUGUCUUCGACUAGAACAAGGCGCGAUGGGACACCUCUGCGGGCGAGAGCAAGGAACGCAACAUAGCUUCUCGGUACUUAGCACAGGGGGCGCUGUCGAUGUGACCUCUCCACACUUCAUGGCGACUGCGAGAUACUGGUGCGACAGUCAAACCCCCAUCCGCCCCGAAAUCGGUCAAAGCAAACCUGAUGUUGACGAUACCAGGUUCUACUCGGAGGGUCUGGACCGCACUUCGUUCACCGACGAGCAAGAGAUGACAGGGCCAGUUUACACUGAGAGCGUGGCAUUCUUCGAGUUGCUGGCCGGAGCUAGUCGGGUUGUGCCCUUCGAUCUCACUAUACGAUGCCACCGUUCCGAAAAUCGCGGCGGUGCGCCCACCAAGUGCCAGCUCGUCCGUAAGCGCAUGUUGGCCAGACCCCGCGGUUCCCCAUCGAGUGUAUGCACCAACAUCUUCCGCCCGCAGAUAUUCCGACUCUCCUCCAGGGGCGCCUCCAGAUACCGAAUUUGUGGCGCCUGUUGGACCAUCCUAGCCUCCACUGGUUCGCCUUCCGCGACUUACGACACAUCGAGCGAGCGAAGGACAUCGUGCCCGUGGCGCUGCGCCGCGCGGAUAGGAAGGACGGACGUUUGGGGUGCGGUACUCGUUCAAGCAGAAAUCUGAGUAUCUAGGGAAGAGGAGGUCGCCAUGAUCGACUGCUUCGAUCCGCAAGACGAUGGACAGAUGGCUCUGUUCACUCCACACACCGCAUGCAAUGACCCAAGCACUCCGAAGGAUGCACUUUUCAGAGAAUUGAUUGAGUUCAAAGUGCGUCGGUUGAUGCAUA